AUGCAGGUCGACAACAAUAUCUCGCCGACCUACGUCCCCACCGCCAACCAAUACGCCACCUACAACAACAUUCUGACCUCUUCCGUCUCGACCACCAACUCCACCUGGUCUGACACGGCCUCUCUCUAUUCCGACGAUACUUCUGUCUUCUCUACUUCCGACUCGGAUUCUUGCGACCCUUGCUACCGCAAGCCCGCCGCGACUGUCCAGACGGCCAACUAUCGAUCUGCUCUGACCAAGGCUGUCGUUUCUGAGGCUCUCCCCAAGGAGUUGCGCCAGAAUCCUCGGCGCUCCGGCUCUGGAUCUCGUGCUCGAGGCGCUUGCCCUCCUGCGCUUGUCCGACAAUGCGACCGUAAGGUCAACUUUGUCGACUCUCUUGUUGAUUCAUCGACGCAAAUUGUUGAGGCAAUUUGGCCUCUCUCUUCGGCAGCAUGCCGCCCUGAGCCCGGUAUCAAGACAGUCUUGCCCCUGCGCACCUUUAUCCAGGAGACACUCCGCCGCUCGCGCACCAGCUACUCGACCCUUCAGGUUGCGCUGUAUUAUCUCAUUCUCAUCAAGCCCCAUGUCCCCAAGUACAACUUCACCAUGGAGCAGCCUGAGGAUCGCCACGCUGACCGCGCACUCCAGUGCGGCCGCCGCAUGUUCCUCGCUGCCUUGAUCCUCGCCUCCAAGUACCUCCAGGACCGCAACUACUCCGCCCGCGCCUGGAGUAAGAUUUCUGGCCUCAACACCAAUGAAAUCAACCAGAACGAAAUCUCUUUCCUCCUUGCUGUCAACUGGAAGCUGCACAUUGCCGAAGACGUUUUCCAACGUUGGACUGAGAUCGUUCUGAAGUACAACACUCCUCCCUCGCCUCCCUCACCUGGUGCCGCGCAGACCGUGCCCCUGCAGAGCACCGAGUGGAGGAAUUUGAUUCUCAGCCUCAACCCGGAGCUCACGAACAUCGAUGGUCUGUUCUUCCCUCAGGCGAGCCCCAAGCGCAGCGAUCUCUUUGCGCUUUCUCCUCGCAGCAUCCUCAACCCCCCUGUAGACAUCCCUGCUGCCAUCGAUGUCAUCCCCAAGGCCUUCACCUCUGCUCCCAUUACAGUUGCGGAGCCCAUGGGUACCCCUGCCUACUCUGUCGGCCGCCCUGCUCCCGCUCUUGGCCUACUGCCAACUCCUCGUCUGACGCCUCAGACCAACGGUCUCUGCACUCCUGCCGUGAGUGCGGGCUCGUACAAGAAGUCCAGUGCCAUGUGCCUCGCCCUGGCCCAAGCCAACUCGGUCACCAGCACUCAGCACCUCGACCGCCUCCCCGUCUCGGUGACCUCGUCUCCUCACAGCUACUGCCCGGCUCGCCGCUCCUCUCUCGCCAACUCUGUCUCCACUGCCUCAUCUCCCGAGUCGAUGAUAUCGGAUGUAUCUCGCUCUUCUCGCUCUUCCUCCAUCUCAUCCAUCUCAUCCCUCGCUAGCGCGACCCUCAACUCCAAGUUGGUGGCUUCGUCGCGAUUCCGUGCGGCCAAGGUGAUGAAUGAGAGAAGCUGCCAGAAGCCGACUGUGCCUUCCGUUCCCGAAGACUUUGGUGAGCAUGUCUUUUCGUCGUCGCCCGAAUCGUACACCGGCCCGGUUACGAAGCUCGGUGGCUUAUCCCUGGACACCCCCCUAGCCAGACGCGAAGAAGAUUUCGAAGAGUUGGCAAGAGAUCCUGUCUGCGACGCCGCCCGCGCCCUACAGGACCUCCGCAACCAGGACCUGCAUUCUGCCGAUUCUACGCCUAUUGCUCGUGCUAGUCGCAAGCGCACGCGUCCUGCUCUCAUGGACGAUUGCCUUCAAGAGAAUGUGCGCUACCUUCUCCACGGCACCUAUCCCGCCCCCGAGGCUACAUGGAACAUGGCUUCUUCACGCAAGAGAGUAUGCUGCUCUGCUGAGGCCGCUACCGGCUUCCAGACCGCAAACCCCCGCUCCGUCCUUCAUCAGGGUCAGGGCGUCUGGGAGGGCAUCCUGAACUAA